CUGGCUGUGUCACUGAGUUUGAUGGUGACAGGGGAAGCUGCCUGCUCCAGCACUGUUGGGAACGAUGGUGCAUCACUUCAGUCUGAGAAAGAGGCGAUGCAGCCUCCAGGCUGAUGCAGCAGAAGUGACCAGCUUAGCACUGCCACCCAGCCCCCCAGCUUUCAGCUUGUCAGAGACCUCUGAGCAGCUGUCCGACAACUCCCACGUGGAGGUGUUGCUGCAGGAGCUGAAAACUGAGCAGGGUCUGCUCCAUCAGAAGAUCCUGAAGAUCAGCGAGCAGAUCCGGGUGCAGCAGACCCACCGUAACACCAACGUCUCAGAGUACCUGCGACUCAUCGCUCGUACUGACCACAGCCAGGCCUUCCGCUUCAAGCAGGCCUUCGAGAAGAAGAACCACUACCUCACCUCGGUCAUUCUGCAGCUCCAGAGGAGGCUGCAGCAGUACGUCAGGAAGCAGCAGCAGCUGGAGAGGGAGCUGGAGCUGCUGCGGGAGAAGAACCCCUCCCUGUUUGCCAUACAGGGGUUGAGGAGCGAUCAUCUGCUGGAGGAGAACCAGACCGAAUCCCCAUUUCACAGCGAGGCCAGCUCCCUGUCCAAGACGAACCUCCUGCCGCAUGCACUGUCGGAGAUCCAAGGUGUCUCCAAAGUGACUCCGUUAGACAAGUUUAACCCUCCCUACCAAACUCCCCACCCCUUGCAGCAACUCAGCUUGCCUGAUGAUGACUACUCCACCACCACCAGCUUCUCUGAAGAUCUGCAAGACCUGGCAGGGCUCAACUACAAUAUUAAGGCAAACGGGAUGAAUUCCUUAGAGAGACAAACUACUGGCUACUUGUCCAUACUGGAGGAGUUGACUGACAUCAAAGAAACACAACUGAAUUUGGAGCUGAACUUUAAGAACAUAGCAGAGCAAUACAAUCACCAUUACUUGGUUUUUCAAGAGUCCUUAGAAGAGGAGAAAUACAGGUCAACCCAACUACAGGCUGAACUGAACGACCUAAUGGACCUUCACCAGAACGAGGUGCUGAACUUGAAGAGUGAGCUGGCCAGCCUAGAGGAGAAGAUAGCCUACCAGUCGUAUGAGAGCAGCAGGGACAUCUGGGAGGUGCUGGAGAACUUCCAGAGCAAAAUGGCCCGGCUGGAACAACAGCAGCAAGCGGCUCAGGGGGAGAUUCUGGACCAUGUCAACACAAGGGAGCUGCUGGGUAAGACCAUGAACCUGCUGCUCAUCAUCAUCGCGGUCAUUCUGAUGCUGAUGUCCACCAUAUCGGCCCUGGUCUCGCCUUUCAUCAAGACCCGGGCAAGGACCAUCAGCACUGGCAUAGUGAUUGUACUGCUAUUCUUCGCCUGGCACAACUGGGAACUGCUCACUGCUUUCAUCACCAGGCGGGUGAUUCUCCGUUGGCGUUAAGAGCUGCAGACUGGAGCAAUGGGUCACCUAUCUCCCUCAGGUCCACAACAGCACCACGAAGGUGUGGAGAGCCAGUCCGCUGCACAGCACAGCGUUGCAACAAUAAACCGCCUUCCUCCCACUGCGUUCCCCUUCCCCGGGCCUCUCAAAAACACCGUCCAAAAGGAGGACAGUAGUACCUACAGAGAAAGAGCCAAAUUCAAUCGCCCAGCUCCUUGCUCCUGUAGGUUACAGUUUGUUCAUCAAGUUUGCAUCCCCGUACAUCUCAGGGUUCCCGCUCUGACCACUCUUUUGGGCAACUAAUCCCAGUUCCCUCCUUCAGCUUUCAAACAAGAAGGUUUCUUCUCAAGUCUGCCCUCUCACCCCCCCUCCCAACCUCAUCUCCUUACCACAUUUAAAUCUUUAUCCCCUGGUUCUCAACCUUUUCAAUAAUGAGAAAUAGCUCCUUCCUGGCACAGUGCCUCAAUAUUAUUAGACAUCGAACAUACCACCCCCAAAGGGAACAAUUCCCAGCAUUUCCAGUCCCUGGUCAUUAAAAUCCUCCAGUGCUGGCAACCCCUUUCUGCAUCCUGUCUUGUGCCAUCACAUCAUCUUGUGAUACAGUGACCAGUGCACCGUUCUCUAGCUACACUCCAACUGGUGUUUUCAGCAAAAACGUCACUGCUCUAACACACCUGGUUUAGGCCAAUUUCCUUCACAACGUCCUGUCUUGGAAACUUCAGGGACCUGUGGACAUGUGUUCCAAGGUGCCCCGCUCUGUUACAAUUCUCACAUUCUCCCCAUUGUGACAUUAAAUUCUAUUGCCAUUCUUCUGCCCCCUCCCUAUCCAGUUCAUCGAUACCUCCCGACAGUUUGUAACUCUUUCUUUUGGCUAAUUAUUGCAUUAAUUCCAAACGAUUUACAUUGAAAGGCUCUAGUCGCUAAUACACACACAGCCAGGAAGCUGGUUAUGAAGCCCAGUGGAAACAGGAUCCACUCCAGUCACCUUUUAUCUUUCACCUCUCGCUACCCGUAGUGUUUUCGAACCAAGCUGCCUGAGCAUUGUGCAGGUUUGUGUGUUCCCCAAGCAGGCUACUAUUUGGGUUCAGGUCAAAACGUUUGCUAACAUCCAAACCGACCAUGUCUAAAGUGCAGCACCUUCAGCAUCCCUCCUGGUCACCUCCUCAAAACCAAAACUUAAACCAAGUCAGUCAGAAAAGACCCUCCUUUUAACAAGCCCACAUCUACUGCCUUUGAUUAAUUUGUGUAUUUUUAAAUAACCAUUAAGGCCAUUCCUUGGUGUUAUUUUUCCCCAAUAAUUAACCUGCCAAGUUGGAUUGACUGGUCUGUAAUGACCUGGUCUGUAUCUCUUUCUGAAUAAAAGGCACCACAUUAGCAGACUCCUCUAGUUCAGCUUCACACCUGCAGCCCCAGGACACGAGGAAAUGAUGGUCAGAACCUCUGCUAUUUCUCCCUCACCUGCUGGUCUUUGAAGACAGAAUGUGUGGUGAUGCAUCCACACCCUUUAACAUUGUGCCGUGGCUCUGCCCAACGUUGCACACUCUUCCACCUGAACCACAACGCCUGCACCAGUCAUGUAUGGCCCUCCCAUGUGAGCUAGAGUAUUCGCAAUUCCUGGCAGCAGGUCCUGGUAACCGGCACGGCAAAAGUAGCCUUCCCCUUAGGGAGGGGGCAAGUUGAUGCAACACACACAGUCCAGCCCUACGUUCGUAAAAACCUUCACCUGUCUCGAGUGCCCAACAGGUGAAGUUACCACUGGACUGCCAUCAAAGGGCAACGAUGAGGUGCAUUGCCACUGACUGGGACACAUGGUACACAAAGCCAAAUAAAUGACUUAAAUCA